UUGGCAUUGGACCGGACUUCGUUGGCUCUUUGAUAGCCCACAGACGCUCCGCUCCCACCCAAAUUCGCCGACUUGGUGCGCCGGAUCCCCCCAUCACCCCCAUCCCCAAGAAGGGAGGCUGGUCUGCUAGGUUGGCCACUCCAACAAAAGAAGACCAAAAAAAGGUACUUUGGGCAAACCCGGUCCAGGUCUCGACACUACACUUUCGACUACCUCCCGCUAGACUCGAACGAACGCAAGCAGGCGUAAAAAAAAAGCCAGAGGCAGGGGGAAGGAAAGAAAAGUCGGCGAGACCACCCACUAGGAACCACUUUGAACCACUUUACUGCAGCCAGCAGGUCAGAUCAGGGCACGACUUUCAUCAUCGGCCAUCCGUCGCCACACGCCCCUGGCAGCUCCUUUUCUAGAGCCGCCUGCCCCUCGCCCUACCUACCUACUACCUACGAAAUACCUGUACCUUACUCUUGUCUCUUCUCUUCACCCGCCUCCACCUGGCUCCGUACCGUUCGAAGUACGGAUACUCAACCGCGCUACCGCCAUCCAAACCGGCCUCGCACCUUGUUCAGCAGCAGAAAAGACACCCCACUCCCUGGCCCGGGGUUGAUCAUCGACUCCCGUCGCGCACUUCUAUCGGCUUUCUGCGACUCUCACCUCUUUACACCCGCACACACACACACACACACACACCAAACAACACCUUUGGUCGUUCUGCGCAGCAAAGCCCAUCACCACCAACUACCACGACCCAACUUCCGAAAGAAAGACAGCGACAGCUCCUCAGCUCGAUCAAGACCCUCGAAUGAUUUGAUAAAGACGUCGACGAUUUUCUUCUCUUCUUCUCUUCUUCUCUUCUUUAUUUUCUCCCCUAGUCUCCCCUCUCCCCCCCUCUCUCCCUCUCUCAGAGCCCCGUUCCUCCUCCGGCUCAAGUCAUUCUUCAGUAGCACACCUCCGCAGUCUACUCUCCCCGCACCUCUCUGUGCUGUGGUGCUCAACUCAGCCCACCCGGCUUGCGUCCGCACUUUGACUUGAACGGCCAUAGGAUUCAAACGGAAUACCUCGCGGGAAACAACUACUCAUCCUGCGUCUCGCCGCAACUCAUCAAUAUGGCUGCUGCGUUCAGACCAGUGAACUCGCCGCUACCAGCAGAGAUCAAGAUUGACGAUAAGAUGACGACGUCACCGACGACACCCAGGCCGAACACCGCUCCGCAUCCACAGACACCUCAACCUCAGCCCCUUCCGGACGACGCGAAGACGCCGACCAAGGCAACGUUUGGCAGCGGCAGCGGCAGCACCGGUCUGGCGUCCCAGAAGCCACUCCCCAGCUCCCCCUUUCCCCAGGCCGUUCAGGUUCCCGAAAGCGCCGAGAAGGUCAAGACCCCGACACGAGCCAACUCACAACAUUCCAGGAGGUCGAGGGACUCUGAGGAUGUCGACAUGGAUGACUCGGAAGGCGAGGACGACGGCGGAUCUGACGACGACAGCCUGAAUGCCGACGGCACCAGAUCGAACAAGAAGAAGAAGUCACAGCGCUUCUACUGUACCGACUACCCGCCGUGCAACUUGAGCUUCACCAGGAGCGAGCACUUGGCCAGGCACAUUCGGAAACACACCGGCGAGAGACCCUUUCAGUGCCACUGCUCCCGUCGCUUCUCCCGUCUCGAUAACCUGCGACAGCACGCACAGACGGUGCACGUCAACGAGGACAUUCCCAUUGACUCCUUGGCCGCAACGGGUGCAAGGUUCCAGAGGCAGAUGCGGACCGAGCGCGUGCGUCAACAAGGUGGUCGGGCCCGCGCUUCAACGGCUGGCAGCGCCACUGGCCCGGUACGAGGCCACUCCAAGUCUUUGUCGACAUCCAGCAUUGCCAGCGUCGGCUCCAUCGGAUCUGCUUUCGGACCCCGCGACGAUAUUCGACGACGCCCUCCCCCUCUGGUCAUGGCCGACCCCCGGUCGCGCUUGUCGCUUGAGUCCUACCGCAGCGCCGCCGCAGAUGGACCAUACGGCUACCGCCCUGUCUCGCCGACGGACUACAGCACUCCCACGUCGGCGACGUUUUCGACUGGUCAGAGCAGCCCGCGAUGGGGCUCGGCCAUCGCCUCUCCGGCCACUUCACACUCUCGGUCCCACAGCAUGUACUCGUCUGGCUCGAGGACGCCAGGGAGACGGCUCAGCGUGCCUUCGGGUGUCAACCCUUUCCAGUCGCCGCAUGGUGCGCCUGUCAACAGAAUCAUUUACGGUGCCGCCCCUGUCAACUCGUCCAACCUGGGUGCAUUUUCACCCGCGCCUAGCAGUCAUCUGGCAUCGCCCACUACCCCGACAUCUGGAUGGUCGGGCAGGCGGGAUUCCGCGGCAUCCGCCGCCGACGAGGCAUGGCGCCGACGGACUUGGCAUCCCGACUCGAGAACCUUCAACACCAACACCAGCCAUCUCAGCAAUGUCCUCACGCCUGGCCAGAUCCAGCCAAACCCGGCGCCCCCUAUGGUCAGCGCCCCGAACCCGCCCCAGACCCUUCGGCUGCCGGGGAUUGAAUCGUUUGACCCCUUGCCAUCUAGGCAUGUGUCCCCCCCGAGGAGGGUUCCAUCGCCGAUGAUGGUUGAUUCCGAAGCCGCCCGCCCCAGGGCGCUUCUCCCUGGCACCGACGUCGUCACCGACGACCGGUGCAAUGUGUCCCAGUGGGAUAUGGGACUGCACCGCGGGCUGACGAGGUUGGACAUCACGUCCAACACGACGCCGCCCCGCGACAGCGCCGGUGCCUGGGCGAACGAGGUGAACCAGGCCGUACAGGCGCAGGCGGAGCAAGUCCGGCUAAACCCGCCGACGGUCAGGUUUGAUGUUGACCCGCCGUCCUAUUCCAACAAGUCGGGUGCGUUUGCUCGCAACCAUCAGCACACAAUGUCGGCGCCCUCGUUUGCGUCGAGGGAGAACAAGCGGCAUGGGUGGUACCACGGGCCUGUCGGCAGCAACAUCCACGGACCGCGGCCAGAGGCGCCCAACAACGACGCUCGUGGGCCGCAUGUCAACCGGAUGGUUCACCCAAACAUAACUGCCUUCUCUGGAUUCCCCGGCAGACAACCCGAGCCGCAACAACCCCACCAGCAGCAGCAGCAUCAUCAUCAUCAUCAGCAGCAGCAGCAGCAGCAGCAGCAACAGCAGCAGCAACAGCAGCAGCAGCCGGGGAACCCAGACCCUCUCAGACGGCUCGAGGCGCUGGUGGCCGUCGCCACGAGCGAAGGAACCACGGCAACUGCCUAUUAAAGAUUGACCCCCCUUUUUCCAAAACACGAACUCUUGUCGACCUCUUGCCGCGUUUCUCGGCAAGGCACAUACAUACAUCGAUACCAACCACGACUGAUGACGUUUUCAUAUACUCUUAUUUUGUGUCGGUGGAGCUUCUCUCUGCAUGAUAUACGGUCACUUUCCUACAUGAUAUCCCUUUUUCCAACUCGGCUGGUGGGCGAUUGCAUUUCUUUGUUGGCGUUGUUACAUAGCGUUGCUUUCACUCCUAUCUGGGCGUCGCCGCCCGGCAUCUCAGCUCAUCUCGUUGUAGUCGACUGGUGCUUCCCGUCGGCUUGGUUCGUUUCCUUUUUGAUAUCCGGCUUGGUAUUUUGCGUUUCCUUGUUCAGUUUUCCUUCCAUCUGGUUCGACAUGGGAAGAGGCUGCUCGGGUUUGGUUUUCUCUCGACGGCUGUUUAUUGCGCAACUAGAAGUUUCCUGUUCCGCCUCUGAUUACCAGUAACGCUUGCUCACGAUCAAUGAGAUACCCACUCAUUCCGACAUUAUGGAUAUAGGGGUUGGAUGAUAAUGGGUCGCCUUCCUGGCGAUGGAGAUGAGAACUUUUGGCCUGAUCAUAUUUUUUCAGGUCGCGCCAAAGGCAGAAGGGGGAUGCGGUGGACGGAUACGUAGGCGUGACAUUCCAAGCUUGGCGGCCACUUGGGCUUUUGCUCUUUUUCUUCCUCAGUGGAGAAGGCUGGGUCGAAGUUCACACAAUUCGAAGGCGGUGGUCCUGAACCGUUGCCCGUGGAUCAAGGCAGCAUACACAUUUUCGUAGGCGUUUGUACAAUGGGCGGGAAUAACGACGCAAAUGCUCACAAUGACCAUGAUUCUCUAUUUCCUUGACUUAGUUCC